CCAUUGCUGCUCUUAGAGAGUUUUUACGAUGAACCCGUAAAUUCUUGCGAACUAGGCAUCUUCAAAACAAAUUUAGCUUUGGGCGAAAAGCAAAAAUUUUCAAUUAGAGAUGUGCAAUAUAAAUUUGUAUGCCUGCCAUUUCACUCGGAUUACGUAAUAAUACCCAUUUUACACUCAUGCAUUCCAGAAAAAGUACAAGCCAAUAUUCCAAGAUCUUCCAGUAAAUAGCACAUUGUUAAUAUUAAUUUUGUACACCCGCUCUACACAACAAUGUCUGACGAAAGAGCAAUACCAUCCAAGGGAAAAAUGAAAUAUUAUUCUUCAGAAGCAACUUCAAAGUGUACUUCGUGUGAAGAUAUAGGAAAAAAAAUGGACACGAUACUGCAGAUUUUGGGCGAGCAUAAAAUUUUGCUAGAUCGCAUUGGUUCCCAAAACUCGAUUGUGCAAAACAUUAUGGCCAUUUUCCCAAUAAACACGGACGAAAGUCUAAAGCAAUUAGAAGACUUAUUAGCAACUCAGUCAGACCCAUAUAUUCGCCAAAUGAAAAAUCUCAUUGGUGGCAACGUCGCACGCAAUUUACACCUUGUAUUUGGGAAAUCUAUUAUAAUGAAUUACAAUGUGGAUGGAACUUUUGGCAAAAAAAGUUUAUCUAAAUAUGGAAAAGUCCAUGCAGCAAUAAUAGAUGUAAUAUCAACGUACGACAAGUGUGCAGACAAGGCUCUAAGAACAGCUUUUCAACGUCAAAAAAAGAAAUUCUUUAAAGAAAACAGCCGCAGGAAUGCAGAAAUAAAUGAUAAGACCAAAGAAAAUGAAUUUAAUUAA